AUGGAAUUCCCAUUUUCCAUCGAUCGGCAACUGCUGGAGAGCGUGCACUACCUGUCCUGGGGUCGUGACGGUAUGGAGGCUUCGGAUAUGCGGCGGCAGGCUUUGCUCAACGCCAUUUGCUGGGAGAACCACCAUGGCGUCUCCCUCAGCACUCAUCCCGACGCCCGCAAUGGUCUCGCCAUGCACACUGUCGUGGGCCCUGACGGAGUCAGGGUGGUUCACGAUCCCGAAUUCUGGGCGCGUCACCCUUGGGAGCUCGAUCACAAUCAGUAUAUGCUUCCCUCGCCUAGCCAGUUGCUUUGGAUUGCUCGGCGCCACUAUCUGGUUUCCCACGGCUACGAGUGGCAGCCGGGUCGCCCGCUCCCCGCUGGCUGGUCUGCCCCGAGUUCGCAAUCGGGCUUCCAUCCCCUCGCUGGAGCAUGA